UUAGACCAGAGGUCAGAGGAUAUUUGUGAAGAGAGCGAGAGAGAUAUCACCGGACUAGUGAAGAGGGCGAGAGAGAUACCAUUGGACCAGGGGUUACAUGAUAUCUCGUGAAAAGAGUGAGAGAGAUACCAUUGAACCAGAGCCGAUGGUUAUAUCAGCUCUUUUCUUCACCUAUAUAUACUCCCUCUAUCCAUGCACUUUUUUCUCAUGUUUUCACCAUUCUUUAACCUAAAUAGCUCUGUUUCCCCUGUUUUUUAAUACUCUGUUUCCCCUGUUUUAAUACUCUGUUUCGUUCAUUUUCGAGAAGCAAAAUGUCCUCGGUUGUGUGUCAAGGUUUACAAUCAUGUCUCGAGCCUAGACUCGCCGAACCUUGUGUCUCAAGGCACAAAAUCUCGCCGCCAUUGUCACUAGCUUUCCAACCCAUUGAGGAGAAUCCAAAGAAUAACAACAAUGGUAAUGAUGAUACUAAUCUCAAAAGUGUAGAAAAAUGCAACAAGGGUGGCUGGAACUUCAUUGAAGCUCUGAUCAACCCGUCUCAGAAUACUAAAGACGUGACGAAAAAUGAGGAAGUGUAUGUCCAUCCACUUGUCAAAAGCUCUUCUUCAGCACUAAGCUCAAAAGGCCUGGAGAUGUGCACUGAGAGCUUGGGAUGUGAGACAGGAAGCGACACUAGCAGCGACGAAUUCUCUUCUUUUUCAUGGGAAAGAGAGAAAAUGCAGCUAACUGGUGAAUACUCCACCCUUUACAUGGAAAAAUCACGGCAAUUAGAUGAGUUUUCCUCACCUUCAUUCAACAAAAAUACUUCUAGUUACCGAAAAUUCACCAAGGUAAGCACUUCCAAGUGUAGCUUUCCUCCUCCUCUUACUUCAAUCAGUGGCUCAGAUGGUGUAGAAGUAAGGCCUCGUCGUGAGGGAGGACGUUUGAUCAUCAACGCGGUGGCAGUGUCUUCCUGUCGUACUUACUUCAAAGCUGACCGCACAAAUGGCAGGCUUAGGUUGUCUUUACAGAAGGAAUGUUCAGUUGAUUGUGACUGCGAGAUGAACAAAAUGGAGGAAGUAGUAUACGAAAAAGAAGAUGAAGAUGAAGAGGAAGUUCUUGAGCAUGAAAAUGUUACUGAAUUAUUAUCUGAUAAUGAGGCCAAUGAAGAUGGCUGGCAUGAAGAAUUGGAUGAAAAUAACCGAACAGGCCAAGAAUUUGGAAUCGGAGAGUUUGCUAGGCCAAGUAGGUGCAAAGAAGGUGGCAGAGGAGGCAAAGAGAUACCUAAUUGGGGACCCUUGUGGGUUGCCAUUUCUUGAAAUUCAUAACUUUUUUCUGCAAUUCUGCAUGGUGUGGUUAGUAUAUUGUCACAAAUCCGCUGAGCGUCUGAAACAUUUGGCGAUUGAGUCCAAGGCCUAUUUGAAGGCUCACUUUUGUAAUAAAAUUAUAUCAGUACUUAGUAGGUUCAA